AUGGAGGACAAGAAAAUUUUUGAGUCUACCUGCUCGCAGUCAGCAUUUCCGAGCUAUUCCAAUGAGUCCAUACCAAAACUUAUGCAGGCUUAUCAAGACUAUAAGAACAUUUUGGAUAAAAAAUCAGCACUUUAUCUAAUAAAUUUCGAUACAUUAUUUAUUUAUAGCACUGAGAAUGAUAGCGAGCAAACCAUAAUAAUAAAAACUCCCGAACCUCAACGCUAUAGCACCUGCAGCAUAUCUCAACUUCCAAACGGCAAUUUAUUCUGUUUUGGUAAUUAUCCAAAUUCUUGAGAAGCAUUGAUAAUUGACGAAAAAGGCGAGAGCCAACAACUGCCAUCUGGACCACCUCUUAAAUUUUCAUCAUCUAUACCUCGCAUAAAGAAUGGUAAAUUGUUUAUAUGUUUGUUUAUUAAAAUUGAUAUUAUAGCUGUUUGUCUAUUGAUCAAGUAA